AAGGACCAAUAACAUAAUGAUUUGGACAACUCGACUUGCCCUAUCAGUUCUCGUAGUGAUCUGCUCCCAGAGCAUAUUCGCUCUAGGUCAGUCACCAUGGCAAAGCGCAAGCAUGGCCGAAAGCUUCAUGACUUACUUUUCUGCUGCUUUAGGACAAUCAGGAGCAUUUACAAAUGAACAGAUGGAUGACAUAGAUACGAUUGCCACAUCUAUCAAGAUGGGUGUAGAUAAAAUGGAGAGAAGCGGAAAGACUUCCCAGAACAAACUGCAAGCAAUGAACAUGGCCUUCGCCUCAGCAGUGGCAGAGAUAGCCAUAGCAGAAGGAGGAGGACAGAGCGCUCAAGUAAAAACUAAUGCUAUUGCCGACGCUUUAGCAUCUGCAUUCCUACAGACGACUGGAGUAGUUAACAGCCAGUUCAUAAACGAAAUCAGAGGCUUAAUUUCCAUGUUCGCUCAGGCAAAUAGCAUUUCCUCGACAUCAGCUUCUGCUAGCGCAUCAGCCGCUGUUGGAACUGGCGGUGCUGGACAAGGAUAUGGCAUCGGAUUGGGUGGACAAGGAGGAGCUGCUCAAGGUGGCGCAGCCGCAGCAGCAGCCGGCGGCCAAGGAGGACAAGGUGGAUUAGGUUCUCAAGGAGCCGGUCAAGGAGGAUAUGGAGCCGGACAAGGAGGAGCUGGUGCCGCUGCCGCUGCAGCUGCAGCCGGAGGAGCUGGCGGUGCAGGACGAGGAGGCUUAGGUGCAGGACAAGGAUAUGGAUCCGGAUUAGGCGGUCAAGGAGGAGCUGGUCAAGGUGGCGCAGCCGCAGCCGCAGCAGCAGCCGGCGGCCAAGGAGGACAAGGUGGAUAUGGUGGAUUAGGUUCUCAAGGAGCCGGUCAAGGAGGAUAUGGAGCCGGACAAGGAGGAGCUGGUGCCGCUGCCGCUGCAGCUGCAGCCGGAGGAGCUGGCGGUGCAGGACGAGGAGGCUUAGGUGCAGGACAAGGAUAUGGAUCCGGAUUAGGCGGUCAAGGAGGAGCUGGUCAAGGUGGCGCAGCCGCAGCCGCAGCAGCAGCCGGCGGCCAAGGAGGACAAGGUGGAUAUGAAGGAUUAGGUUCUCAAGGAGCCGGUCAAGGAGGAUAUGGAGCCGGACAAGGAGGAGCUGGUGCCGCUGCCGCUGCAGCUGCAGCCGGAGGAGCUGGCGGUGCAGGACAAGGAUAUGGAUCCGGAUUAGGCGGUCAAGGAGGAGCUGGUCAAGGUGGCGCAGCCGCAGCCGCAGCAGCAGCCGGCGGCCAAGGAGGACAAGGUGGAUAUGGUGGAUUAGGUUCUCAAGGAGCCGGUCAAGGAGGAUAUGGAGCCGGACAAGGAGGAACUGGUGCCGCUGCUGCUGCAGCUGCAGCCGGAGGAGCUGGCGGUGCAGGACGAGGAGGCUUAGGUGCAGGACAAGGAUAUGGAUCCGGAUUAGGCGGUCAAGGAGGAGCUGGUCAAGGUGGCGCAGCCGCAGCCGCAGCAGCAGCCGGCGGCCAAGGAGGACAAGGUGGAUAUGGUGGAUUAGGUUCUCAAGGAGCCGGUCAAGGAGGAUAUGGAGCCGGACAAGGAGGAGCUGGUGCCGCUGUCGCUGCAGCUGCAGCCGGAGGAGCUGGCGGUGCAGGACGAGGAGGCUUAGGUGCAGGACAAGGAUAUGGAUCCGGAUUAGGCGGUCAAGGAGGAGCUGGUCAAGGUGGCGCAGCCGCAGCCGCAGCAGCAGCAACAGCCGGCAGCCAAGGAGGACAAGGUGGAUAUGGUGGAUUAGGUUCUCAAGGAGCGGGUCAAGGAGGAUAUGGAGCCGGACAAGGAGGAGCUGGUGCCGCUGCCGCUGCAGCUGCAGCCGGAGGAGCUGGCGGUGCAGGACGAGGAGGCUUAGGUGCAGGACAAGGAUAUGGAUCCGGAUUAGGCGGUCAAGGAGGAGCUGGUCAAGGUGGCGCAGCCGCAGCCGCAGCCGGCGGCCAAGGAGGACAAGGUGGAUUAGGUUCUCAAGGAGCCGGUCAAGGAGGAUAUGGAGCCGGACAAGGAGGAGCUGGUGCCGCUGCCGCUGCAGCUGCAGCCGGAGGAGCUGGCGGUGCAGGACGAGGAGGCUUAGGUGCAGGACAAGGAUAUGGAUCCGGAUUAGGCGGUCAAGGAGGAGCUGGUCAAGGUGGCGCAGCCGCAGCCGCAGCAGCAGCCGGCGGCCAAGGAGGACAAGGUGGAUAUGGUGGAUUAGGUUCUCAAGGAGCCGGUCAAGGAGGAUAUGGAGCCGGACAAGGAGGAGCUGGUGCCGCUGCCGCUGCAGCUGCAGCCGGAGGAGCUGGCGGUGCAGGACGAGGAGGCUUAGGUGCAGGACAAGGAUAUGGAUCCGGAUUAGGCGGUCAAGGAGGAGCUGGUCAAGGUGGCGCAGCCGCAGCCGCAGCAGCAGCCGGCGGCCAAGGAGGACAAGGUGGAUAUGAAGGAUUAGGUUCUCAAGGAGCCGGUCAAGGAGGAUAUGGAGCCGGACAAGGAGGAGCUGGUGCCGCUGCCGCUGCAGCUGCAGCCGGAGGAGCUGGCGGUGCAGGACAAGGAUAUGGAUCCGGAUUAGGCGGUCAAGGAGGAGCUGGUCAAGGUGGCGCAGCCGCAGCCGCAGCAGCAGCCGGCGGCCAAGGAGGACAAGGUGGAUAUGGUGGAUUAGGUUCUCAAGGAGCCGGUCAAGGAGGAUAUGGAGCCGGACAAGGAGGAACUGGUGCCGCUGGUGCUGCAGCUGCAGCCGGAGGAGCUGGCGGUGCAGGACGAGGAGGCUUAGGUGCAGGACAAGGAUAUGGAUCCGGAUUAGGCGGUCAAGGAGGAGCUGGUCAAGGUGGCGCAGCCGCAGCCGCAGCAGCAGCCGGCGGCCAAGGAGGACAAGGUGGAUAUGGUGGAUUAGGUUCUCAAGGAGCCGGUCAAGGAGGAUAUGGAGCCGGACAAGGAGGAGCUGGUGCCGCUGUCGCUGCAGCUGCAGCCGGAGGAGCUGGCGGUGCAGGACGAGGAGGCUUAGGUGCAGGACAAGGAUAUGGAUCCGGAUUAGGCGGUCAAGGAGGAGCUGGUCAAGGUGGCGCAGCCGCAGCCGCAGCAGCAGCAACAGCCGGCAGCCAAGGAGGACAAGGUGGAUAUGGUGGAUUAGGUUCUCAAGGAGCCGGUCAAGGAGGAUAUGGAGCCGGACAAGGAGGAGCUGGUGCCGCUGCCGCUGCAGCUGCAGCCGGAGGAGCUGGCGGUGCAGGACGAGGAGGCUUAGGUGCAGGACAAGGAUAUGGAUCCGGAUUAGGCGGUCAAGGAGGAGCUGGUCAAGGUGGCGCAGCCGCAGCCGCAGCCGGCGGCCAAGGAGGACAAGGUGGAUUAGGUUCUCAAGGAGCCGGUCAAGGAGGAUAUGGAGCCGGACAAGGAGGAGCUGGUGCCGCUGCCGCUGCAGCUGCAGCCGGAGGAGCUGGCGGUGCAGGACGAGGAAGCGUAGGUGCAGGACAAGGAUAUGGAUCCGGAUUAGGCGGUCAAGGAGGAGCUGGUCAAGGUGGCGCAGCCGCAGCCGCAGCAGCAGCCGGCGGCCAAGGAGGACAAGGUGGAUAUGGUGGAUUAGGUUCUCAAGGAGCCGGUCAAGGAGGAUAUGGAGCCGGACAAGGAGGAGCUGGUGCCGCUGCCGCUGCAGCUGCAGCCGGAGGAGCUGGCGGUGCAGGACGAGGAGGCUUAGGUGCAGGACAAGGAUAUGGAUCCGGAUUAGGCGGUCAAGGAGGAGCUGGUCAAGGUGGCGCAGCCGCAGCCGCAGCAGCAGCCGGCGGCCAAGGAGGACAAGGUGGAUAUGGUGGAUUAGGUUCUCAAGGAGCCGGUCAAGGAGGAUAUGGAGCCGGACAAGGAGGAGCUGGUGCCGCUGCCGCUGCAGCUGCAGCCGGAGGAGCUGGCGGUGCAGGACGAGGAGGCUUAGGUGCAGGACAAGGAUAUGGAUCCGGAUUAGGCGGUCAAGGAGGAGCUGGUCAAGGUGGCGCAGCCGCAGCCGCAGCAGCAGCCGGCGGCCAAGGAGGACAAGGUGGAUAUGGUGGAUUAGGUUCUCAAGGAGCCGGUCAAGGAGGAUAUGGAGCCGGACAAGGAGGAGCUGGUGCCGCUGCCGCUGCAGCCGCAGCCGGAGGAGCUGGUGGUGCAGGACGAGGAGGCUUAGGUGCAGGACAAGGAUAUGGAUCCGGAUUAGGCGGUCAAGGAGGAGCUGGUCAAGGUGGCGCAGCCGCAGCCGCAGCAGCAGCCGGCGGCCAAGGAGGACAAGGUGGAUAUGGUGGAUUAGGUUCUCAAGGAGCCGGUCAAGGAGGAUAUGGAGCCGGACAAGGAGGAGCUGGUGCCGCUGCCGCUGCAGCUGCAGCCGCAGGAGCUGGCGGUGCAGGACGAGGAGGCUUAGGUGCAGGACAAGGAUAUGGAUCCGGAUUAGGCGGUCAAGGAGGAGCUGGUCAAGGUGGCGCAGCCGCAGCCGCAGCAGCAGCCGGCGGCCAAGGAGGACAAGGUGGAUAUGGUGGAUUAGGUUCUCAAGGAGCCGGUCAAGGAGGAUAUGGAGCCGGACAAGGAGGAGCUGGUGCCGCUGCCGCUGCAGCUGCAGCCGGAGGAGCUGGCGGUGCAGGACGAGGAGGCUUAGGUGCAGGACAAGGAUAUGGAUCCGGAUUAGGCGGUCAAGGAGGAGCUGGUCAAGGUGGCGCAGCCGCAGCCGCAGCAGCAGCCGGCGGCCAAGGAGGACAAGGUGGAUAUGGUGGAUUAGGUUCUCAAGGAGCCGGUCAAGGAGGAUAUGGAGCCGGACAAGGAGGAACUGGUGCCGCUGCUGCUGCAGCUGCAGCCGGAGGAGCUGGCGGUGCAGGACGAGGAGGCUUAGGUGCAGGACAAGGAUAUGGAUCCGGAUUAGGCGGUCAAGGAGGAGCUGGUCAAGGUGGCGCAGCCGCAGCCGCAGCAGCAGCCGGCGGCCAAGGAGGACAAGGUGGAUAUGGUGGAUUAGGUUCUCAAGGAGCCGGUCAAGGAGGAUAUGGAGCCGGACAAGGAGGAGCUGGUGCCGCUGUCGCUGCAGCUGCAGCCGGAGGAGCUGGCGGUGCAGGACGAGGAGGCUUAAGUGCAGGACAAGGAUAUGGAUCCGGAUUAGGCGGUCAAGGAGGAGCUGGUCAAGGUGGCGCAGCCGCAGCCGCAGCAGCAGCAACAGCCGGCAGCCAAGGAGGACAAGGUGGAUAUGGUGGAUUAGGUUCUCAAGGAGCCGGUCAAGGAGGAUAUGGAGCCGGACAAGGAGGAGCUGGUGCCGCUGCCGCUGCAGCUGCAGCCGGAGGAGCUGGCGGUGCAGGACGAGGAGGCUUAGGUGCAGGACAAGGAUAUGGAUCCGGAUUAGGCGGUCAAGGAGGAGCUGGUCAAGGUGGCGCAGCCGCAGCCGCAGCCGGCGGCCAAGGAGGACAAGGUGGAUUAGGUUCUCAAGGAGCCGGUCAAGGAGGAUAUGGAGCCGGACAAGGAGGAGCUGGUGCCGCUGCCGCUGCAGCUGCAGCCGGAGGAGCUGGCGGUGCAGGACGAGGAAGCGUAGGUGCAGGACAAGGAUAUGGAUCCGGAUUAGGCGGUCAAGGAGGAGCUGGUCAAGGUGGCGCAGCCGCAGCCGCAGCAGCAGCCGGCGGCCAAGGAGGACAAGGUGGAUAUGGUGGAUUAGGUUCUCAAGGAGCCGGUCAAGGAGGAUAUGGAGCCGGACAAGGAGGAGCUGGUGCCGCUGCCGCUGCAGCUGCAGCCGGAGGAGCUGGCGGUGCAGGACGAGGAGGCUUAGGUGCAGGACAAGGAUAUGGAUCCGGAUUAGGCGGUCAAGGAGGAGCUGGUCAAGGUGGCGCAGCCGCAGCCGCAGCAGCAGCCGGCGGCCAAGGAGGACAAGGUGGAUAUGGUGGAUUAGGUUCUCAAGGAGCCGGUCAAGGAGGAUAUGGAGCCGGACAAGGAGGAGCUGGUGCCGCUGCCGCUGCAGCUGCAGCCGGAGGAGCUGGCGGUGCAGGACGAGGAGGCUUAGGUGCAGGACAAGGAUAUGGAUCCGGAUUAGGCGGUCAAGGAGGAGCUGGUCAAGGUGGCGCAGCCGCAGCCGCAGCAGCAGCCGGCGGCCAAGGAGGACAAGGUGGAUAUGGUGGAUUAGGUUCUCAAGGAGCCGGUCAAGGAGGAUAUGGAGCCGGACAAGGAGGAGCUGGUGCCGCUGCCGCUGCAGCCGCAGCCGGAGGAGCUGGUGGUGCAGGACGAGGAGGCUUAGGUGCAGGACAAGGAUAUGGAUCCGGAUUAGGCGGUCAAGGAGGAGCUGGUCAAGGUGGCGCAGCCGCAGCCGCAGCAGCAGCCGGCGGCCAAGGAGGACAAGGUGGAUAUGGUGGAUUAGGUUCUCAAGGAGCCGGUCAAGGAGGAUAUGGAACCGGACAAGGAGGAGCUGGUGCCGCUGCCGCUGCAGCUGCAGCCGCAGGAGCUGGCGGUGCAGGACGAGGAGGUUUAGGUGCAGGACAAGGAUAUGGAUCCGGAUUAGGCGGUCAAGGAGGAGCUGGUCAAGGUGGCGCAGCCGCAGUCGCAGCAGCAGCCGGCGGCCAAGGAGGACAAGGUGGAUAUGGUGGAUUAGGUUCUCAAGGAGCCGGUCAAGGAGGAUAUGGAGCCGGACAAGGAGGAGCUGGUGCCGCUGCCGCUGCAGCUGCAGCCGGAGGAGCUGGCGGUGCAGGACGAGGAGGCUUAGGUGCAGGACAAGGAUAUGGAUCCGGAUUAGGUGGUCAAGGAGGAGCUGGUCAAGGUGGCGCAGCCGCAGCCGCAGCAGCAGCCGGCGGCCAAGGAGGACAAGGUGGAUAUGGUGGAUUAGGUUCUCAAGGAGCCGGUCGAGGAGGAUAUGGAGCCGGACAAGGAGGAGCUGGUGCCGCUGCCGCUGCAGCUGCAGCCGGAGGAGCUGGCGGUGCAGGACGAGGAGGCUUAGGUGCAGGACAAGGAUAUGGAUCCGGAUUAGGCGGUCAAGGAGGAGCUGGUCAAGGUGGAGCAGCCGCAGCCGCAGCAGCAGCCGGCGGCCAAGGUGGAUAUGGUGGAUUAGGUUCUCAAGGAGCCGGUCAAGGAGGAUAUGGAGCCGGACAAGGAGGAGCUGGUGCCGCUGCCGCUGCAGCUGCAGCCGGAGGAGCUGGCGGUGCAGGACGAGGAGGCUUAGGUGCAGGACAAGGAUAUGGAUCCGGAUUAGGCGGUCAAGGAGGAGCUGGUCAAGGUGGCGCAGCCGCAGCCGCAGCAGCAGCCGGCGGCCAAGGUGGAUAUGGUGGAUUAGGUUCUCAAGGAGCCGGUCAAGGAGGAUAUGGAGCCGGACAAGGAGGAGCUGGUGCCGCUGCCGCUGCAGCUGCAGCCGGAGGAGCUGGCGGUGCAGGACGAGGAGGCUUAGGUGCAGGACAAGGAUAUGGAUCCGGAUUAGGUGGUCAAGGAGGAGCUGGUCAAGGUGGCGCAGCCGCAGCCGCAGCAGCAGCCGGCGGCCAAGGAGGACAAGGUGGAUAUGGUGGAUUAGGUUCUCAAGGAGCCGGUCAAGGAGGAUAUGGAGCCGGACAAGGAGGAGCUGGUGCCGCUGCCGCUGCAGCUGCAGCCGGAGGAGCUGGCGGUGCAGGACGAGGAGGCUUAGGUGCAGGACAAGGAUAUGGAUCCGGAUUAGGCGGUCAAGGAGGAGCUGGUCAAGGUGGAGCAGCCGCAGCCGCAGCAGCAGCCGGCGGCCAAGGUAGAUAUGGUGGAUUAGGUUCUCAAGGAGCCGGUCAAGGAGGAUAUGGAGCCCGACAAGGAGGAGCUGGUGCCGCUGCCGCUGCAGCUGCAGCCGGAGGAGCUGGCGGUGCAGGACGAGGAGGCUUAGGUGCAGGACAAGGAUAUGGAUCCGGAUUAGGCGGUCAAGGAGGAGCUCGUCAAGGUGGCGCAGCCGCAGCCGCAGCAGCAGCCGGCGGCCAAGGUGGACAAGGUGGAUAUGGUGGAUUAGGUUCUCAAGGAGCCGGUCAAGGAGGAUAUGGAGCCGGACAAGGAGGAGCUGGUGCCGCUGCCGCUGCAGCGUCAGCCGGAGGAGCUGGAGGUGCAGGACGAGGAGGCUUAGGUGCAGGUCAAGGAUAUGGAUCCGGAUUAGGUGGUCAAGGAGGAGCUGGUCAAGGUGGCGCAGCCGCAGCCGCAGCAGCAGCCGGCGGCCAAGGAGGACAAGGUGGAUAUGGUGGAUUAGGUUCUCAAGGAGCCGGUCAAGGAGGAUAUGGAGCCGGACAAGGAGGAGCUGGUGCCGCUGCCGCUGCAGCUGCAGCCGGAGGAGCUGGCGGUGCAGGACGAGGAGGCUUAGGUGCAGGACAAGGAUAUGGAUCCGGAUUAGGCGGUCAAGGAGGAGCUGGUCAAGGUGGCGCAGCCGCAGCCGCAGCAGCAGCCGGCGGCCAAGGAGGACAAGGUGGAUAUGGUGGAUUAGGUUCUCAAGGAGCCGGUCAAGGAGGAUAUGGAGCCGGACAAGGAGGAGCUGGUGCCGCUGCCGCUGCAGCUGCAGCCGGAGGAGCUGGCGGUGCAGGACGAGGAGUCUUAGGUGCAGGACAAGGAUAUGGAUCCGGAUUAGGCGGUCAAGGAGGAGCUGGUCAAGGUGGCGCAGCCGCAGCCGCAGCAGCAGCCGGCGGCCAAGGAGGACAAGGUGGAUUAGGUUCUCAAGGAGCCGGUCAAGGAGGAUAUGGAGCCGGACAAGGAGGAGCUGGUGCCGCUGCCGCUGCAGCUGCAGCCGGAGGAGCUGGCGGUGCAGGACGAGGAGGCUUAGGUGCAGGACAAGGAUAUGGAUCCGGAUUAGGCGGUAAAGGAGGAGCUGGUCAAGGUGGCGCAGCCGCAGCCGCAGCAGCAGCCGGCGGCCAAGGAGGACAAGGUGGAUAUGGUGGAUUAGGUUCUCAAGGAGCCGGUCAAGGAGGAUAUGGAGCCGGACAAGGAGGAGCUGGUGCCGCUGCCGCUGCAGCUGCAGCCGGAGGAGCUGGCGGUGCAGGACGAGGAGGCUUAGGUGCAGGACAAGGAUAUGGAUCCGGAUUAGGCGGUCAAGGAGGAGCUGGUCAAGGUGGCGCAGCCGCAGCCGCAGCAGCAGCCGGCGGCCAAGGAGGACAAGGUGGAUAUGGUGGAUUAGGUUCUCAAGGAGCCGGUCAAGGAGGAGCUGGUGCCGCUGCCGCUGCAGCUGCAGCCGGAGGAGCUGGCGGUGCAGGACGAGGAGGCUUAGGUGCAGGACAAGGAUAUGGAUCCGGAUUAGGCGGUCAAGGAGGAGCUGGUCAAGGUGGCGCAGGCGCAGCCGCAGCCGCAGCAGCAGCCGGCGGCCAAGGAGGACAAGGUGGAUUAGGUUCUCAAGGAGCCGGUCAAGGAGGAUAUGGAGCCGGACAAGGAGGAGCUGGUGCCGCUGCCGCUGCAGCUGCAGCCGGAGGAGCUGGCGGUGCAGGACGAGGAGGCUUAGGUGCAGGACAAGGAUAUGGAUCCGGAUUAGGCGGUCAAGGAGGAGCUGGUCAAGGUGGCGCAGCCGCAGCCGCAGCAGCUGCCGGCGGCCAAGGAGGACAAGGUGGAUAUGGUGGAUUAGGUUCUCAAGGAGCCGGUCAAGGAGGAUAUGGAGCCGGACAAGGAGGAGCUGGUGCCGCUGCCGCUGCAGCUGCAGCCGGAGGAGCUGGCGGUGCAGGACGAGGAGGCUUAGGUGCAGGACAAGGAUAUGGAUCCGGAUUAGGCGGUCAAGGAGGAGCUGGUCAAGGUGGCGCAGCCGCAGCCGCAGCAGCAGCCGGCGGCCAAGGAGGACAAGGUGGAUAUGGUGGAUUAGGUUCUCAAGGAGCCGGUCAAGGAGGAUAUGGAGCCGGUCAAGGAGGAUAUGGAGCCGGACAAGGAGGAGCUGGUGCCGCUGCCGCUGCAGCUGCAGCCGGAGGAGCUGGCGGUGCAGGACGAGGAGGCUUAGGUGCAGGACAAGCAUAUGGAUCCGGAUUAGGUGGUCAAGGAGGAGCUGGUCAAGGUGGCGCAGCCGCAGCCGCAGCAGCUGCCGGCGGCCAAGGAGGACAAGGUGGAUAUGGUGGAUUAGGUUCUCAAGGAGCCGGUCAAGGAGGAUAUGGAGCCGGACAAGGAGGAGCUGGUGCCGCUGCCGCUGCAGCUGCAGCCGGAGGAGCUGGCGGUGCAGGACGAGGAGGCUUAGGUGCAGGACAAGGAUAUGGAUCCGGAUUAGGCGGUCAAGGAGGAGCUGGUCAAGGUGGCGCAGCCGCAGCCGCAGCAGCAGCCGGCGGCCAAGGAGGACAAGGUGGAUUAGGUUCUCAAGGAGCCGGUCAAGGAGGAUAUGGAGCCGGACAAGGAGGAGCUGGUGCCGCUGCCGCUGCAGCUGCAGCCGCAGGAGCUGGCGGUGCAGGACGAGGAGGCUUAGGUGCAGGACAAGGAUAUGGAUCCGGAUUAGGCGGUCAAGGAGGAGCUGGUCAAGGUGGCGCAGCCGCAGCCGCAGCAGCAGCCGGCGGCCAAGGAGGACAAGGUGGAUAUGGUGGAUUAGGUUCUCAAGGAGCCGGUCAAGGAGGAUAUGGAGCCGGACAAGGAGGAGCUGGUGCCGCUGCCGCUGCAGCUGCAGCCGGAGGAGCUGGCGGUGCAGGACGAGGAGGCUUAGGUGCAGGACAAGGAUAUGGAUCCGGAUUAGGCGGUCAAGGAGGAGCUGGUCAAGGUGCCGCAGCCGCAGCCGCAGCAGCAGCCGGCGGCCAAGGAGGACAAGGUGGAUAUGGUGGAUUAGGUUCUCAAGGAGCCGGUCAAGGAGGAUAUGGAGCCGGACAAGGAGGAGCUGGUGCCGCUGCAGCUGCAGCCGGAGGAGCUGGCGGUGCAGGACGAGGAGGCUUAGGUGCAGGACAAGGAUAUGGAUCCGGAUUAGGCGGUCAAGGAGGAGCUGGUCAAGGUGGCGCAGCCGCAGCCACAGCAGCAGCCGGCGGCCAAGGAGGACAAGGUGGAUAUGGUGGAUUAGGUUCUCAAGGAGCCGGUCAAGGAGGAUAUGGAGCCGGACAAGGAGGAGCUGGUGCCGCUGCCGCUGCAGCUGCAGCCGGAGGAGCUGGCGGUGCAGGACGAGGAGGCUUAGGUGCAGGACAAGGAUAUGGAUCCGGAUUAGGCGGUCAAGGAGGAGCUGGUCAAGGUGGCGCAGCCGCAGCAGCAGCCGGCGGCCAAGGAGGACAAGGUGGAUUAGGUUCUCAAGGAGCCGGUCAAGGAGGAUAUGGAGCCGGACAAGGAGGAGCUGGUGCCGCUGCCACUGCAGCUGCAGCCGGAGGAGCUGGCGGUGCAGGACGAGGAGGCUUAGGUGCAGGACAAGGAUAUGGAUCCGGAUUAGGCGGUCAAGGAGGAGCUGGUCAAGGUGGCGCAGCCGCAGCCGCAGCAGCAGCCGGCGGCCAAGGAGGACAAGGUGGAUAUGGUGGAUUAGGUUCUCAAGGAGCCGGUCAAGGAGGAUAUGGAACCGGACAAGGAGGAGCUGGUGCCGCUGCCGCUGCAGCUGCAGCCGGAGGAGCUGGCGGUGCAGGACGAGGAGGCUUAGGUGCAGGACAAGGAUAUGGAUCCGGAUUAGGCGGUCAAGGAGGAGCUGGUCAAGGUGGCGCAGCCGCAGCCGCAGCAGCAGCCGGCGGCCAAGGAGGACAAGGUGGAUAUGGUGGAUUAGGUUCUCAAGGAGCCGGUCAAGGAGGAUAUGGAGCCGGACAAGGAGGAGCUGGUGCCGCUGCCGCUGCAGCUGCAGCCGGAGGAGCUGGCGGUGCAGGACGAGGAGGCUUAGGUGCAGGACAAGGAUAUGGAUCCGGAUUAGGCGGUCAAGGAGGAGCUGGUCAAGGUGGCGCAGCCGCAGCAGCAGCCGGCGGCCAAGGAGGACAAGGUGGAUAUGGUGGAUUAGGUUCUCAAGGAGUCGGUCAAGGAGGAUAUGGUGGUGGUGCAUACAGUGGACAACAAGGUGCAGCAGCAUCGGUUUCCGCUGCAGCGUCACGCCUGUCAUCACCUGGUGCGGCUUCGAGAGUGUCUUCCGCUGUUACGUCUUUGGUAUCAAGUGGCGGCCCAACUAAUCCUGCAGCUUUAUCGAAUACUAUCAGCAAUGUUGUUUCUCAAAUUAGUUCAAGUAAUCCUGGCCUGUCUGGCUGUGAUGUUCUUGUACAAGCUUUACUCGAACUCGUUUCGGCUUUGGUACAUAUUCUUGGUUCAGCUAACAUUGGGCAAGUUAACUCCAGCGCUGCUGGGCAAUCAGCUUCUUUGGUCAGACAAUCCGUAUACCAAGCUCUCUCUUAAGAAAUUGAUGUAAGCUGUCUUUAAUUUUUUGAAUCCCUAACUGAUUUUUUCCAAUAUACUUCUUUUGAAAUAAAAUUAAGAAUUAUUGAAAUA